AUGGUCACCGUACCAGGGAUUAGCAAUGUUCAAAAACAAUACCUUUCAACGAGACGUAGUAGAGCACGGCAAAGGGAGGAAGACUCGUGGCUGAAAAAGACGUUUCUGCCCCUUGUUAGUAGCUGGCUCAGGCCCCAAGAUCCUACAGCCCCUGAAGUGGGAAGAUGCUUCUUUCCCAGUCCCAAGAUCACCUUUUUGAUCGACAAACCGGAAGGAUUGAUCUGCCAGAUAUGCCAAUACAGUCGUCUGGCUUUUCAGGAGCAGACCGAGAUCGAAAGCGGAAGGAGGCAUUCCGACAGCGUCCCCUUGAUCAUGCCUUGCGGGCAUUUGGCGGGAGCUCGAUGUCUGUCAAAAUGGCUCCGAGAGCACAAUAGCUGCCCGUUUUGCCGUUGCGAGCUCACUUACGGCCAGUGUGGACAUGGAGUACCUGCACGCCACAUCACCAGGGAGGAAAUCUUCCUGAUACCUACCACGAUCCCAGACGGAGGCCACAUACCAGACCGCUGCGCCGUAUGCUACAAGGAUGCGCUCAGGCUAGCUGUUCAGACACGAUUACAGGCUUGCGAGCGUCGGUUUGUGCAGGCAAGAGACCGUUUUCUCGCAUCCAACAGUCCUUCUGAUGCCAGUCUCUUGAUGCAAAGAAAGGCGGACUUGGAAAACAUUAUGCUUGACGAGUACCACAUCAAGGUCACCAGCGCGUGGCUGACGUGCUGGUAA